CUAUGAAACCGCCAACGGCAUUAAGGGCGAGGAGACUGGCACACUAAAGAAGGCCACCUCACCGGAUACCAGUGAUGUGAUUAUCGCGCGUGGCUCUGUUAGCUACACAUCACCCGAAGGUAACCUAAUUACGCUCAACUAUGCUGCAGAUGAUGAGAAUGGCUUCCAGCCUCAAGGCGAGCAUCUGCCUACACCACCACCAAUUCCACCAGCAAUCCAAAAGGCACUCGACUACUUGCUCAGCUUGCCGCCAGCGAAGCGUCGUUAAGCAUUUAGCUCGUAAGAGAGGGGUGGACAGAUAGCUGUUAAGGAAGGUGAUGCCUUCUUUUAUGCACAGAAGUAAUGUGACAAUGCAACAAUUGUAUAAAUUCUUUUCUCCUAAAAUCUCUAUCGAUAUAUAUUUUUUUUUUGUUGAGAGAAUCCCUAAAAAAUAUUGCUGUACUGUACAACAAAGCUUAAGUAACUAUUUAGCCAACCUAAAACAUAUGGACGAAUGUGGACACGCUGCUCAUAAACUAUAAAUGAAACUAUCGCUAAAACUCACACACACACACACACACACAGGCACACAAUCCAAACAAGGAAAGGAAAUUUUUGCUAGCAUUAGUGAGUUGAAGUGCAAAUGUAUGUAAAUAAAUGAAGAAAGAAAUGAAAACUACUAAGUACACUGACUGAAUGAACCGUUAAAUGUUAUAAACAAAAAUGUAUAAGAAAAAAUGCAAAAAAAAAAAAAUAUUAUAAUAUAUAGUAUAAAAAAUCAACUGGCAUUUGCUCACUACUCCUAGCAAAUGUAAAUGUCUCUUUCAAUUUACAAAUUUUGCUUCAAAGCGAACUCAUUGCACACCGCAUCAUCUUCAACUUCAACUCUUCAACUUCAACUUCAACUCUACCUACGAUGAUACUCAGCAUUUCACUGCACUAAGUACUAAAGUAAAAAGUAAGAAAGCACCGCAUAUCACCAACGUCCUCUACACUCUACGACGCUCAUCCUUUGGAGUCCUCAGCACUUUUGCACUGGAAACCAGCAUUGCACUCCAUCAGUUUUUGGAACUUCCCUUUACAAUUAACACUAUAAGCUUUCUUGGUAUUUCUUUUUGUUUUUACUUUUUUGUAGUCGCCGGAACUUUAUCGCUUCGGACCCUUGUGAUAUCGUUGCUUUUCUAAAGAAACAAAAAUGGCAAUGCAUGUUUUGUAAAAAAAAAA